AGAUGCUAGUUGCGUUUCGCAGUCUCCAUCGACUUGGUAUAUAAAACGUUUUUUGAGACAGACGAAAUGGAUACUUUCCCGAGAGAAAUAACGGAACGUACCUGCCGGUUCUGUUUAAAGCAAACCGCCCGAAUCACACCGCUCUUUGAUAGGUUCGCGCCGGAAGAAGUUGGCGAACAUCUGCAGGCCUUACUGGGGCUACAGGUUGCGCCGGAUGAUAAGCACCUGAACGUAUGUAGAAAGUGUGAAAGACAACUGAAGCUGAUAUUCAGUAUUAUGGUCGAAUUCCGGAAAGCGAACGAACUGUUCUGUGCGCUGCUGAAAAAACAGAGCUUUACUCAAGAGCUGGAGAUUGUGGUUGACGGAAAAGCGCUGAUCGCAGUGACGGAACCGGAAUCUCGGUCGGACGAUGUUGAAUUUUUGCUCGAUCAACAGUCUAACCUGUUUAAUGGUUCUCAGUACGCCAAGGGACGUAAACGAUCACCUACGUAG